CUCUUCUUGAUAAUUGUAGCGGAAUCGUUCGACAUAAAUUCUCCAUUGAAAUGUAUAUAGAAGGAAGUGUGCAUGAACGACAUGAGAAUCGGAUAUAAUCUUAGUGAUAAAGUGUCUCUGUUCUUAGUGACAAUAAUAUAAUUCUCACCGACCCCAUCAUCACUUUCCCUUUGCAUUCUGUGGGAGGAAACAGAGAAAGUUUGUGCACAGACAUAUGUGCUCUCCAUAUUUGGAUGAUAUUCAAACCACAAAGAUGCCUGGAAUAGUGAAUGACUACAACCCAGCUAUUCAUACAACAAGAUUGGAAAGGCUUUUGAGAGACCGAGAAAUAAGAAGAUCCAGCAGAUCUUACAGUUCAAAUGAGGAUGCCAGAGAUGCUAACAGAGACAUCGAUAUUCACAGAAACAGGAAUAACAUAUAUUUAUCUGAUGCUGAUAAGAGGAGUGGUGACGAAGAGUUAUUGGAUGGGAUUGCAGAAUCAAAAACUCUCCAUGAUGGAUGUGAGAAGAAAGAUGGAUGGCCCUCUAAGCAACGCUUGUUGGUUGUGGCCAACCGGCUCCCUGUAGCUGCAGUUAGGACGGGUGAGGACUCGUGGCAGCUCGAAAUAAGUGCAGGUGGCUUAGUUAGUGCUCUACUGGGCGUCAACGAAUUUGAAACCAGAUGGAUUGGGUGGGCAGGGGUAAAUGUACCUGAUGAAGUUGGACAGAGAUCGCUCACCGAGGCUUUAGCUGAAAAGAGGUGCAUUCCGGUUUUCCUUGAUGAAGAGGUUGUACACCAAUACUACAAUGGCUACUGUAACAACAUAUUGUGGCCUCUUUUCCAUUAUCUUGGGCUUCCUCAAGAAGACAGACUUGCAACAACACGUAGCUUCCAGUCUCAGUUUUCGGCAUAUAAGAAAGCAAAUCAGCUGUUUGCAGAUGUUGUCAAUGAGCAUUACGAGGAGGGUGAUGUUGUCUGGUGCCAUGAUUACCAUCUCAUGUUCCUUCCAAAAUACCUGAAAAAGUAUAAUAUGCAAAUGAAAGUUGGCUGGUUUCUCCACACACCAUUCCCCUCAUCUGAGAUUCACCGGACACUGCCAUCUAGAUCAAAACUGCUAAGAUCUGUUCUUGCUGCUGAUUUGGUUGGCUUCCAUACGUAUGAUUAUGCAAGACACUUUGUCAGUGCCUGCACUCGUAUUCUUGGGCUUGAGGGCACACCAGAAGGAGUAGAGGAUCAAGGAAAGCUUACACGUGUGGCUGCGUUUCCAAUCGGGAUAGAUUCUAGUCGGUUCAUUCGUGCUCUUGAGCUUCCUGAAGUUAAAGAUCACAUCAGGGAACUGAAAGAAAGAUUUGCUGGACGAAAGGUUAUGUUGGGAGUUGAUCGUCUAGAUAUGAUUAAGGGAAUUCCUCAAAAGAUUUUGGCAUUCGAAAAGUUUCUUGAAGAAAACCCAGUUUGGCAAGACAAGGUUGUUCUAUUGCAGAUUGCAGUUCCAACAAGGACUGAUGUUCCCGAAUAUCAGAAGCUUACAUGUCAAGUUCAUGAAAUUGUUGGACGUAUUAAUGGAAGAUUUGGAACCCUUACUGCAGUUCCAAUACAUCAUCUGGAUAGAUCUCUUGACUUUCAUGCAUUAUGUGCACUAUAUGCUGUUACCGAUGUGGCUUUAGUAACAUCUUUAAGGGAUGGUAUGAAUCUCGUCAGCUAUGAGUUUGUGGCCUGCCAAGCCGAGAAGAAAGGGGUUCUCAUCCUAAGUGAGUUUGCAGGUGCAGCUCAGUCUCUUGGUGCUGGAGCAAUAUUGGUUAAUCCAUGGAACAUUACUGAAGUUGCUGCUUCAAUUGGUUAUGCUUUGACAAUGCCUGCUGAUGAAAGAGAAAAACGACAUCAGCACAAUUUCAUGCAUAUAACUACUCAUACAUCGCAAGAAUGGGCUGGAACUUUUGUGAGUGAGCUCAAUGAUACAAUUGUAGAAGCUCAGCUGAGAACUAGACAAAUUCCACCUUUACUUCCCACCAGAGUUGCUGUUGAACGUUACUUACAGUCAAAAAAUAGAUUGCUCAUACUGGGAUUCAAUGCAACUCUGACUGAACCAGUGGAUACUCCUGGAAGAAGGAUUGAUCAAUUCAAAGAAAUGGAGGUCAAACUGCAUCCAGAUUUAAAAGAACCUUUGAAUAAGCUAUGCAAUGAUCCAAAGACCACCGUGGUUAUCCUCAGUGGAAGUGAUAGAAAAGUACUUGACGAGAAUUUUGGUGAAUAUAACUUGUGGCUGGCGGCAGAACAUGGGAUGUUUUUACGCCGUACAAAGGGAGAUUGGAUGACAACAAUGCCUGAAAAUCUCCAUAUGGAUUGGGUGGAUAGUGUGAAGCAUGUCUUUGAGUACUUUACUGAGAGGACACCACGCUCUCAUUUUGAGCUUCGUCGAACUUCACUUGUGUGGAACUAUAAACAUGCAGAUGUGGAGUUUGGGAGGCUGCAAGCAAAAGAUUUACUGCAGCAUCUCUGGACAGGCCCAAUUUCAAAUGCUUCUGUGGAUGUUGUCCAAGGUGGGCGAUCAGUUGAGGUCCGAGCGGUGGGUGUGACCAAGGGUGCUGCAAUUGAUCGAAUUCUGGGGGAAAUUGUUCACAGCAAUGAUGUCAAAGCACCAAUUGACUAUGUACUGUGUGUUGGACAUUUCCUACCUAAGGAUGAAGAUAUAUACACAUUUUUCGAGCCAGAGCUUCCUGUUGGAGGUGCUACCACUUCAAGAGCAAAGAUAAGUAAGCCAAGAAACCAAACUGCUUCAAAAAUUUCAGCACAAAAGAGCAGCUUCAGGCCCUUUGUCCAGAAAGCCCCUCAAACUUUUUCAUCGUCAGAGAAGAAAACAACUAGCAAUGGGAAUGGGCACUGGUGGUCAAUGAUGCGUGAUAGAUUGACAGUGCAUGAAGGCUCAUCAGUUCUUGAUCUUAAGGGUGAGAAUUAUUUCUCUUGUGCAGUGGGACGAAAGAGAUCAAGUGCCAGAUAUCUUCUUGGAUCACCAGCUGAUGUAGUAUCAUUGCUGAAGGAGCUGGCAGAUAGUUUAUCACAGAGUUAGAUUCAGCCUUACCAUUGCUGUUUCUAUCAUAGAAAGUUUAAGAGCCUCAACAAAGUAUGCUAGUGUGAAUGAUGGUUUCAGGAGAUACUUUUCAGGAAUCAAGAGUACAGAGAGCAAACUUGGACGUCCAAGUACUUCAACAAUUCUUUCAAAUAGCGUCCGGAAGCAAAUGGAGACUACAUCAUGUAGGAUAGAUAUGAAUUUUGGAGUUUGAUCCAUUCAGAGAGACACUGUAUUUCAACUUUGUAUUGAAUGGGAAGUAGAAAUUUUCUGGACACAGUUUUCCUCGCAUUGAUGCAGAUGUUGGAUACACUGAAAUAAUAUUAUUCUGGUUUUUAUCUUGAUCCAAAUUGACAAAGCAGCAGGCAAAAAAUGGAAUGUGCUUUGCUUUUGCAUAAAAGUUUCGUUAUACAGACAGAUGUACCUUACAGUUUAGUUGUUUCAACUGUCAUGAUAUGCUGCUCACAA